AUGGAACUGCUGACCAUAGGGAUUGCCUCAGUGCAGCAUCCCCAAGGGAGCUACCUCUUGGCCACCCUGCAGUCUCUCUUCUUUGCUUCCUCCUCAUCUGAGCGGAAACACUUCAUCGUCCUGGUACACCUGGCAGAUCCGGACCCCAAGUGGCUCAGUCAAAUGAUCUCCAACAUCUCAACCCUCUUUAAGCCAUAUAUCCAGGCCAGACAGCUAGUAGUGAUCAAUACUCCUCUUAAAAGCUAUCUCUCUUUGAAGGACCUUAAGAAAAACUUUAAUGACAUCCCCGCCUCUGUAGCCUUCCCCUCCAAGCAGAACAUGGAUUAUGCCUUCCUCAUGAACUUCGCUACCAACCACUCUGACUAUUUCCUGAUGAUCGAAGAUGACGUGAAAUGUGCCCCUGGAUUUGUCACCCAGAUAGCUACUACAGUGUCCGCCUGGGAAAACAAACACUGGGUGACUCUGGAAUUCUCUCAGCUGGGCUUCAUUGGAAAACUCUUCCAUGCUAGAGACCUCCCCCGCUUUGUUCAUUUCCUUCUCCUCUUCCACCAAGAAAUGCCCGGUGACUGCCUCCUCUCCCAUUUUCACGACCUUCUCAUGCAAGAACCGCGGAUCCACUUCUUCCCUUCCCUCUUCCAGCACAUAGAUAAUUACUCCUCCUUUGAGGGUAAAUUCAAUAGCCUCGAAGAUAAAGAGUUUAAGGAAAAUGACAUUGGCUCUCCCAGCAACCCUGCUGCCUCCAUCUACACUAACCUGAAUGUUCCUCAUGACUCUGUUCUCAUAAAUGCCUAUAGCUUGGAUAGGAAUUUCUUUUAUGCCAAGUCGGCUGAGGCUGGCAGUCAUCUAACUGUGGUUUUGGACAUACCUGCCGAAGUGUUCCGAGUUCAAGUGCUGACUGGCUCUGACCUAAAAGACAAGAAUUGGCUGAAAGAGGGACACGUCGAACUGGGCUUUGAUUGUACUAACAGGAUCAAUGACUGUGAUGACUACAUUCUGCUGGGGCUACUGGUAAACGGCAGCCUGAACAAGCAGGAGGAGGAAAAGAAGAAAAUACUGUGGCAGUUAGACCAGGAGCGAAUCAGCUCUGAAAGCAAGAACCAUCUAAAGACCUUCAAGGAGAUGCAGCAAAACUCCCCUUUACUCCAUCAUGCCAACUACAAAUUCCUGGCUGGAGCCCCUCCCCAGGAAAAGAAACUGCUGACAGUGGGCAUUUCCUCAGCGCGGAAUCCUCGCGGGAGCUACCUCUUGGACACCCUGCAGUCCCUGUUUCAAGCUUCCUCAGGACCUGAGUUGGAUUGUGUUGUGGUGCUGGUCCACCUGUCAGAUCCUGACCCUGAAUGGCUCAGCCAAACAGCUGCCAAUAUUUCAAGCCUCUUCAAACCACACAUCGAGGACCAAAACCUGCUCAUGAUCCACGGUUGUCUCAGUGGCUCUCCCUUCCCAAGAGAUCUGAACAGCGCUAAUCACUCCUUGCCCUGUGACGCACGUGACUCCAGGCAGAAAGUCGAUUAUGCCCUCCUCAUGAACUUUGCUUUCAACCUCUCUGAAUACUUUCUGAUGCUGGAAGAUAACGUUCACUGCACCCCCAAAUUUAUUUCUACCAUCUAUUGGGCAUUAUCAGCCUGGAAAGAACUACCUUGGGUGAUCCUGGAGUUCUCCAGCCUGAGCUUCUCUGGGAAAGUUUUCCACAACAGCGACCUCUCCCGCCUGACCUCUUUCUUUCUCCUCUUCCAUAAGGACACUCCUGUUCACUUGCUUCUCUCUGAAUUCCGUCUUCUCUUGGCCCAAAACACUCCAAUUCGUUUCAGUUCCUCAGUCUUCUCCUACAGGGACAAUUAUUCUGUGUUGGCGGACACAUGCUUUCCUGUGGAGAAAGAAGAGAUCUUUGGUGAACCAGACAACCCCGUUGCCAGUGUCCUCAGUGACAUGAUGACACUAUCUAAUAUUAUUCCACAAUACGCUUACACUCUUAACGAUGAGUGCUAUUCUACGUUUGAUCCUGUAAGAGGCAACUACCUGACAGUGAUUUUGGAGAGGCCACAAAAAGUCAUCCGGAUAGAGGUGUUGACAGGUUCUGACAAACAAGGCCUGUACCGGCUGCACCAAGGGCAGAUAGAACUGGGCUAUGAGCUCUUAGAGAAUUCCAAAGGCUGUGCUCGCUAUACCCUGCUAGGUCCACUGGUGGAAGGAAAUUUGGACCAGAGGGUAUUUUACGAAGAAGAUUCUGUGGAGGAGUUGCGUUGUAUACGACUGGUGGUGCUAGCACCUCAAGAGUCUUGGCUCCUAAUCAGGCAGAUCAAAGUCUGGACUGAGUACAAGGAGGAGGAGAGUUAG